AUGGCAUCGUACUUUCUGCCUUCCUUUCUCACCGGCUGGGAGCUGCCCUCCGUCUCAGCCUUCUCUCUCUCGGCCAAUCUGCAAAAGAGGAUCCUUUCGUAUCUCCUCAAGAGGACGCUUGGUCACUUUGUCGAUGGAGGCCAGCUCGACCCAACUCAGCUCGACGCAGGUAUUGGAAGCGGCAGGAUCGAGAUCCGCGACAUCGAACUCGAUGCAGCUGCACUGAACCAGCGCCUUGCUCACCUUCCGGUCUCCGCCGCAUCCGGCCGCAUCGCAAAGAUCCUCAUCCAGCUUCCCGUGCCCAAUUUCUGGAGCGGCGAGCUUUCUGUGCUAGUCUCCGGCAUCUCCAUACGUCUGGAGCCCUCGCUUUUCGAAGCGCCGUCCUCAGAUUCCUUCGCGGACGGCCUUGCUGCCUCCUUUGCCAGUGCGGCCAGCGAGAUACUCUUUGAAGAUGCAGAGGCAAAGGAUCUCGAAGAGUCCAUCCAUCAAUCCAUCUCUGCCGACACGCCAGCCGAUGCCCAUAAGGCCGACGACGACCAACCGGGGACUUUGAUCGCGUCAUACAUCGAGGCUCUACUCACACGACUCAAGAUCACUGUCAAUGAUGUCGACGUUGCGCUAGCUUCUGACGAUGUCGAACUUUCAAUUCGUCUCCAGAGCGCAAACGUGCAUAGCUCCAACACCCGCAGCGAACGAACCCCAGAAGAGCCGCUCAACGUCGAGGCAGAACAGUCAGAUGUCUCUAGCUCAUCAACAACAUCCCUACCAAGUCUCUUCAGCGAAACCGCGAGGACGCUUGAGUUCCACGGCCUCGAAGUGUGGCUCCAAGAUCGUCGCAACGAUGGCACCGGCGACGAACGGGAUUCUUCAUCUUCCUCAGACACAUCGCCUGAGGAUGAUUCUCAAGGGGAGGGGCGCUUGCCGACCAUGGACAUGGACCAAUCCAUAGCAUCCCUUCAAGAAUCAUCUGCCAGCCUAUACCAGAGCGCCAUCCAAGAAGACACCACGCCAGCCGGUAUCGCGGACCACGCAGACAGCAAGCGUUCGGAUCUGGGUGACAGCACUGAGCCUCGACAUCAGAUAAACCCCACGCAUCGGUUAUUCAGCAUGGGCCAAGAGCCUGUCAUCGUGACCUUAAAGACUAUCAAAGAGCGGCGACAAAUCCAGGACGCGGGCGCCUCGACCCGCCGCACGAUUCAGCGCCUCGUUCGAACCACUACCAGCGUGGACGUGCAGAUCGGCAACGUUGCCUCAAUCCUAUUCAUCGAGCAUGUAGGGCUUCUGAUGAUUCUCAUGCGACGUCUUGCGCGCAGGUAUGAACAAAGUAACGAUCUGCCAGCCUCUGCAACAGAUCAGGUCAAACCCUCGCGACUAUCUUCACGCGCAUCGUCCGGCCGAAGCAUAGACUUCAGCUGUCGUAUCAGCAGUUUGAACAUCAUACUGGGGUACGACGACGCGAUCAAGGCAAACGGCGUCACGGGUUCCAUUGACGCUUUCUGGGCGCGGCCCUCCCGUUCACACCCUGACUUCGGACACCUUCGCCUGCGAUGCGACGGUUUGGCCGUCACAUUCAAAGGUGACGUCGGCAGCCCCGCCCUUCCUUCCAAGCCACCAAGCGUCAAUGUCACCGUCGAUGAUAUUGGUGUGUUCGAGCACUUGUCCAGCAGCCUCUUCCAGCAUGCACCCCCCGAAGCAUCGCGCGUCCUUCCUAUCCUCCUACUGGAUCCGAACCUCGUUCGCGCGAGCGACUGGGAUACGGCUGCCGGCAAGCAUCCUCGCCAUGAUUACGCAAGAAGCACAGUUGAGGUCUUCGACUGGCGUUACAGCGUUCCGCAGGCGACAGCAUACCAAGCUGUUUCAAGCUCAUCUCAAGACUCUCCCCGUGCCACGCGCUUUCGUGCCUCCGAGCCGCGAUCCGCCUCGUCCCAGGCGGGGCAGACUCCUUACUACCGGGCGUCCUACGGGGAGCGUGGAUGGAAAUUGAAACCUCCGUCCAAGUCCACCAACACCUCGCCGGGCCCUGCUACGGACCCUGCGCAGCCGUACAUCAGAGUCUCUGUCACGCCAGGAUCAGCGCAAGGUGGACGGGGUAAUGUCGUCGCAUAUCUGGCUCCCGUGCAUUGCUUCGUCGAUGUGUCUCUAGUGACACGACUAUUGCCGGCGUUGCACAAAUUCGCCGGUGCCCAGAUUGCUGCUAUGCAAGCAGAAGCCAGACCAAGCCGCUUUAUGGAUGGGUCGAUCGCCACACUGGCAUCCAGUAUCGCCACACUCCAACCUUCGGGAUCGGAGCUCCUCGACGACAUGACUACCCAGUCGAACACUGUGCAGCAGGACGGAUACGAUCUCGAUGUCAAGGUCAGCUUCGUGCGCACAGAGAUCAGGACACCGCAAGUAUCCUACAGUGCUGCCGCUCUCGCUGGGCGGGACCUGCGUAGCGCGAGGCAAUUCGGGCUCGACAAGCGAGCCGGUGUUCUGGUGGUUCAGGUACAGGAUCUGGAAGUCCGUUCUGGACCAUCUCUGGAGGACAAGCCACGCCAGAACGUCCGAUUUGCUCAUCAACAGACUCGGGCGCGUCCGUCGGACAGCGAUGCGGUCGUGACCGGCUGCAUCCGCGCCAAAAAGGUCUCAGCUUUCCUCGGCCUACCUGCUGAUGCACGUGCGCUGGUACUAGUCUCGAUGGAUGCGCUCGAUGCAGACAAGGGCACGAAUGGCCCCUUUGCCGAUCCCGAUGCGGGAUCGCUUCCGCAAGUCCAAUUCUCGCGCAUCUCGAUAGGACGGCCUCCCGCAGUGGGCGCAUUGCCAAGCGACGAAGCACAGAAUCGCUGCAAGGUCAUUCUCCCUUGUGUCAAAGUCGAGCUCGGCAAGCGACAGCUCGAUUCGCUUCAGUACAUUGCAGAUGACCUCACCCAGUUGGGGAAUAUUUGGGGCACUGACGAUCCGGACGACAAUUCUGCGGAUGCUGAAGGACUCAAAAUCCUCGGCAGUCGCUUCUUUGGCAGCCGAGCCGGCAUGUCGAUCAUUUCUGCCAGCACCGACUCGACGGCAACGGCCACUGCCAGAGCCAGCAGCACCAUUUCGUUGCUUCACGCCACCAUCAUCCGCGCUUCAAUCCGCAUCUGGCUUCCGCACCUGGAUGGUGGCGAGGAGACGCUCGGAACAGGAGCAGGCAUUACGUCCAAGAGCCUCCUUUUAUUAGCCUCGGACUUUGAGGUUCUACUCAAUAGCGACAAAGUACGAAACACUACGCGCAUCGAAGCUCGCGUUCCCGAGAUGCAGCUCAGCGUAGAGGCGAGGAUCUCGGCCGACCAGACCUCGAGCUCAGUGCUGGCAGCUCGUACAGUGGAAAGAGAUCUCGACUCACGCGGCCACGACAGCAUGCUGGUGCUCGUCCUCGAAGCGUACACCGAGCCCGGCACCAGCUAUCGAGAACAGAACGUCGAGGUCGUGAUUGGCGCGGUCAAACUGUCGCCCUGCUUCGACCAGGACCUCGUUCCCAGGGUGAAGCGGCUGUUGAAAGCUCCAGCAGGCGUGUUCGAAAAUGUCGAGCCAAAUGAAGUGACGCGCAUCAGCUUCAAGGCCAAGGACUGCUCUGUAUACGUGGCUCCUCCGGACACAGCGCAGCGCGCCGUGCUGUCGAUCGACGAAGCGUCGGUCAAGACCAAGCUCACAUCGCACGCGCCCAAGACUUCCAUCAAGCUGGCCGUAGCCAACGUGGACUUUUGGGCAAUCGAGUCCGAAGCAAGUCUUGCUCCAAAGAGCUCGUCAGUACCACAAAGAGCAUCCCAGUAUUGGGUCCACCGAGGUUUCGCUCGAAUCCUGCACGUUCCAGAGUCAAAGGGCAGCAUCCAUCUUACAUCUAUGACUCGGCCGGAGGUGGACGUGAGGAUCACCAAGCUUCGCGUCAAGGUGCAGAUGGCGGCCGAUACUCUGGAGGUCAUCACGGGCAUCUCUGGCUCGAUCUCGUCCCUGUCGACGCCCUCGUCUCCCCAAGCCAACACAAAAGCACGUUCCAGAGCUUCACCGAAGUCACACGACGUCGAAGACGAGCAGCUUCACGCAGGGUCAUCAGCGUCCAGUCCAAUGACGCCAUCCGACGGCCAUUUCGCUAAGAUGGCUGAAUUGAUGUCGGGAAUCGAGGACGAUGCUUAUCGUCAUGCGGUGCCUCUGCCUGUAUCCGUGGACCUCGUGGACGACGACGUGCCGUCCGACGCCACUUUCCUCGGGGCCAAAGGACGGUACCAUCCUGAAAUCGUCGAGACGACGCUCGACGCCGACGAGUUCUUCGGUGGAGAAUCCGUCGCUUCGUUGUCGCUGGCUGCGCCUCGGACGGACACCGUCAUCUAUGCGGAUGACGAUGUCACCGUGCGUCUUCUAGACCCGAAUGGUAUUCGCCCGGUGCUUGGGUAUUUCACAGACUCUCAAUUGCGCCCGCAGGUAGAGUCUGCGCUAGGCCCAGCCGCAAGCUCGGUUCGCGUUCGCGUGAGCGACUUCGAUCUGUCGUUGCGCUUACACUCCGGUUACGACUGGGCAACGACUCGCCAGGCGGUAGAAAGCGAGGCCAAGUCGGUCAGAAGGCGGCUGCAGAAGAUCAAGCAGCUGUUGGCUGACGGGCAGGUUCCGGACGACAGCGUCGAGGCGGCGACGAGCAACCUUCUCGACUCAGUCCACAUUAGCCUACCGCAGCUUCCUUCGCAGAUGGCACCUGACGAGAUGAUGCAAGCUGUUCGAGACGAGCUGGGCGACCACUCCGACUCUGACGACGAUGACUCGGCCUCUUGGCAAACGCUGCCGGCUCCUCGAUCUGGACAGUCAUCGUUGCGACCGUCUGCUCGACCAACGACAGCUACGCCAGGCUCGGGUCGGCAUGCCAAGUUGCAGCGCUCAGCACGCUCGCUGAUCGACUUCAAUUUCCGCGGCCUCGAGGUAGAAUUCGACCAAGCCGAUCCGUCACAGCCGAGCCACAUUGCCUCGCGCAUCGCCGUCGCCGCGCGCCGCUUCGAGAUCAUCGACAACAUCCGCACCUCGACGUGGCAAACGUUCCUCACCGAGAUGCGCGACCAGAAUUCGGCCAUGCACCGUGAUGCUGCGGGUAAGAUGGUCCGGGUGGAAUUGCUGAAUGUGCGCCCGCAAGGAGGGGCAAGUGCGGAUGGUAGUGCGUUUGAAACGCCGGAGGUCCGAAUGCGCGCCAAGAUCGCCCCUCUCCGUCUUCACGUCGACCAGGACGCACUCGACUUUUUGAAGAAAUUCUUCACCUUCAAGCCGCCCGGACGCAAGACGGUGCCUGUCGAAGCGCCCGCCGGAACGGUGCUGCCGUUCAUCCAAUUCGCCGAGGUGUUGCCGAUCAAGAUCAAGCUGGACUACAAGCCGAAGCGGGUGGAUUACAACCUGCUGCGGCAGGGCAAGACGAUCGAGAUGAUGAACUUCUUCCACUUUGAAGGCUCAGAGAUGGUGCUGCGUCACAUCACCUUGCGAGGGAUCAGUGGAUGGCCGAGGCUGUUUGAUUCACUCAACGACAUAUGGACGCCGGAUGUCAAGGCGAAUCAGCUCGCAGACUUUUUGUCGGGCCUGGGUCCGAUCAGGAGUCUGGUCAAUGUCGGAGCCGGGCUGGCGGAUCUGGUGCUGCUACCGAUCGAGCAGUACCAUAAGGACGGAAGGGUGUUGAGGGGCGUUCAAAGGGGUGCGACGAGCUUUGCCAAGAGCACUGCGCUUGAGGCGGUCAAGUUGGGCGCCAGGCUGGCGACGGGGACGCAGGUGAUUCUGGAGCAGGCCGAGCAUAUCCUGGGCGGGGAACUGCCAGAGACGGUCACGGCUCGGGCGGUAGGGCCGGAGGGGGAGAAGCAGAGCUACGAAUCGCUCAGCGAAAGCAUCAUGCUCGGAUCCACUGCGGACGUGGCGGCUUCUUGGAUAGGCCAAGCAGGCGAUCGCGGCGAUGGCGAGGUUCCGGCACUCAGCAAGUACGCCAUGCAGCCCGAAGGGAUGCGCGAUGCGCUCACGCAGGCGUACAGCGGUCUCACCGAGGGACUCACCGCAGCAGCCCAAACCAUCCUCGCCAUCCCCAUGGACGUGUACGAACCCGAGACGUCCGACCGAUCCGGGCCUUCGUCCGGCGCGACAGGAAGACCCAUAGUCAAGGCAGUGCCCAUCGCCAUCCUGCGCGGCGCAAGGGGCGCCACCCACGCCAUCGCAAAGACCAUGCAGGGCGCCCAGGUCUCGCUCGGCGAUUCGGAAAACGCGCGCGAGCGAAAGUACAAGCUCCCCACCCAACGAACCGCUGCCCGCCGCCAAGGCUAG